AUGGCCCUGCGGGGCAGUGAUGGAGGUGAGGUGGAGACUAUGUUGGAGAAUAGUUUUAGAACUACAGUUAGCUUGAUCCCGGUGGAGGAGAGGGAUCAGCUUGCACUCUUCUACAUCCAUCCAUCAUCAAUCAGUACUCCUCAUCUCCUCUUCAUCUCCUCAUCUAUGAGGAUCAGGAGGAGGACCCAACUUCCUCUUUCUCUCUCUCAAACCCCGACGUUCUCUCUCCAAAUUCAACCACCAGAUAGAAGUGAUGAGAGAGGUUUGCACCCAAAUGGGGAUCCGAGUGUUGCCCUUCAAUUAGAUCCGCGUCUUAAACAAGUUUCCAAGGAAGAAAAAGAUGCUCCAUCUUCAUCAUCACAUAAGAAGGCAUUGGAUACCCAAGUGCAUAACAAUGAAAGGAUGAAAGAAGCCAAGGUCGAGUCUAUUGACAAUACUACUAGAACCAAUGCAUUGAACAAUUCUAGUACUACCGCUAGUAAUACUAGUGGUAAAAAUGACACCAAUGGGAAGAAGAGAAGGUCACCAGCAGUUCUUAUGGAAGGUUCUAGAUGCAGUCGAGUGAACGGAAGAGGGUGGCAAUGCAGUCAGCAGACGCUCAUUGGCUACUCACUCUGCGAGCAUCAUCUCGGCAAGGGAAGGAUAAGGAGUAUAAAUAAUGGUGGUGUUGGAGGAGGAAGACAAGAGAAGAACAACAUUAGAAAGACGAAGAAGAAAGAGAUCAGUAGUUUGCUUGAUGACUCUGAUGUGGCCUUAGUGUAAAAAAUUAUUAUGUUUUGAUAGUGUGAUUUCAUGUGGGAAUUUAUGCUUAACAUGGUUUUUUUUUUUAAUUGUGUGUGGAUUUGGCUUCUGAGCUUGGCACUUGUUUGGCUCGUGCAAAUGUAGACUGUAUAUGAACAAGUGCAAUCUCAUUGUGUCCUUCUUAAUUAAGUCAAUUAAUUUGUUGCAGUGUAAUAGCUAGAUUUCUA